UCGGCGAUGGCAGGUGGGAACCUGUCACGGAUGGGGAGCAAGGACUCUGCAGCUGGUUGUGAUGGGUGCCCUUGGCAGAGGCCAGUUUGGUACCCUGUGUCUGAAGGCCUGCGGAAGGCAAGCAGCACGGAGAGGGCUGGGGAGGGCAGACCCAGAGAGACGCUGAGGGUCAGGAGGCUAAGUGCUUCACCGUUUUGCCCAAGGCUGGGCUUUGAUCUCUGGGAACAGGUAGAACGGAAGUCACCACUGACAGGCUCUUCUCAGUCCCGGGAAGAGCACGCUCCAGACCACGUGAAGGUAAAUAUGAGAAGAGUCGCCUGAAAGUAAACAGGGUAUUAAAAGGGAUCCGGGAAAGCGAAAGCAGCGUCUGAGAGCAGAAGCACCAAGCCGGGAGCUGGGCGGUGGAGACAGAGGAGAGCUUUGUGCAACGGCCUCCAGUCCUGGCUGCCAUGUGGGGGCCACUCCUCUCCUUGCUUCUCCUGGCUGCUCUGUCGCAGUUCUGCUGCAGGGCCCAGGGCACCAGGCUGUUAGACACGGCACCUGAAGGCAGGCCUGCAGAGGUGGCUGAAGUGCACCGUCGCAAACAGUUUUGUCACUGGCCCUGUCAGUGCCCUCGUCGGAAGCCCAGCUGCCCUCCUGGAGUGAGCCUGGUGAGGGACGGCUGUGGAUGCUGUAAAAUCUGCGCCAAGCAGCCGGGGGACACCUGCAACGAAGCUGACGUCUGCGACCCCCACAAAGGGCUGUACUGUGACUACUCCGCAGAUGGGCCCUGGUACGAGACUGGAGUGUGUGCAUACCUUGUAGCUGUGGGAUGUGAGUUCAAUGGGGUACAUUAUCAGAACGGCCAAGUAUUUCAGCCCAAUCCCCUGUUUAGCUGCCUCUGUGUGAGUGGGGCCAUCGGCUGCACACCUCUGUUCAUACCAAAGCGGGCUGACAAUCACUGCUCUGGGGCUAAAGGUGGAAAGAAGACCCAUCAAUCAAAAUGUGGCCGGGGACCGUCACAACAGCAGCUCUCAACAAGCUACAGAACCAUGCCAGAUGGGCACCAAGCUUUUAAUCUGCUUCCUGCGCUGAGGUCUUUAAACUGUUGUCUACCUUCCAGCGUAUAGGAACCUCCCCCUUAUUUGGAAAAGAAAGUGUCUUGUGCAAGCAACGAAGUGGACCCCUUGCUCCAGGACAUGUGGGAUGGGAAUAUCUAACAGGAUAACCAAUGAAAAUAGCAACUGUCAAAUGAGAAAUGAGAAGAGACUGUGUUACAUUCAGCCUUGUGACAGUAAUAUAUCAAAGACAAUAAAGAUCCCCAAAGGAAAAACAUGCCAACCUACUUUCCAACUCUUCAAAGCUGAAAAAUUUGUCUUUUCUGGAUGUUCAAGCACUCAGAGUUAUAGACCCACUUUCUGUGGAAUAUGCUUGGAUAAGAGAUGCUGUGUCCCUAAUAAGUCUAAAAUGAUUACCAUUCAGUUUGACUGCCCAAAUGAAGGGUCAUUUAAAUGGAAGAUGCUGUGGAUUACAUCUUGUGUAUGUCAGAGAAACUGCAGAGAUCCAGGAGAUACAUUUUCUGAGCUCAAGAUCCUAUGAAACCAAGCACAUGGGGGAAAAGUUAUGGUUCAUCAUGCCAUUAUAUCAAACUUUAAAAUGGUUUUAAAAGUGUGGCACAUCUGCCUUAUUAGUUUAAAGCAGUAAGAAUGCCUAGCUAUUCUCAGAUAACUAACUGUAUUUAAGGCAUUAGAAGCUUUUAAAAAGGUUCUCCUAAAAAUAUAUGUAAUAUAUGAAAACCUUAAAAUUGAACUCUUUGAAAUGUGUAACUGUGUAAUACACAGAUACUUGUUUCCAUCUACAUAUUCCACAUAUAAUGAACAAUUUAUGAGAACAUUUUAUUCUAAUAUGGAAUAAUUUGGUAAAGGUAUAAAGAAGUAUAUUAAAUUUUUAAAACUUUAUCUGUACUUUGACAAAUAGCCUAGGUUCCAAUCACAUGAUAAUCAUUAUAGGGGGAGCAAGAUUCUAGUUUAAAUCUUAAAUAGGAGUAAGAUUAAGCUCUAAAUUACCCUAUCCUAAAUAUUGUUUAUUAAGAUUUCUUUUGGAAGGAGAAAGUGUAACUUUCUUUGGUCACUGUUGACAACUGUAAUCUAAUUUUUUUAUACCAAAUACUGUAAAAAAUUGGAUUUCGAAAAUAAUGACCAUGAGCAGUAUCUUUACUCUGAAAAGGAAAGAAACUUAAAAACAAAACAAAAAAAAAAACAUUAAAGCACGUGACAAUUUUUUCGGCUUGAAAAUAAAUUGUUCCUAAAAAUUCCUUAAAUGAUAUGCAUUUUAAAUAUAAAUUGUGAUUAAAAAUAAAUGCUGAAGACUAAAACUGGAGAUUUAUAGUAAAUGGAAUACUUUCAUUAGACUAUUAUACUCAUUUGCUGCAAAGUUUGAAAGAAACUAUCAAGCUCAGUAAUAAUGUUCUAUUCACUUAUGAAUAGUGACAAGCAAAACUGUUAAGUUGCAUAGUUUAAAAAUAUGGGCAUUAUUACAAAAUCAACCAGUUUGAUUAAAAAAGCAUUAUAUUUAGAAAUAACUUAAUACAUACAUGAGUUAAAAUAAGUGUAAAUUGUUUCUUUGGAGUGCAAAGAAGUGGUUGCCCACAAAAGAAAGAAACCCUCCUUAAGAGUUGUAAUAAAAUCUAUUCCUAGAGUGCUCUGAUGGCACAACAGGUUAAGAAUCCAGUGUUGUCACUGCAGCAACUUAGGUUGCUGCUGUGGUGCAGGUUCAAUCCUGGCCCUGUAGGCAUGGCCAGAAAAACCCCAAAAAGACUAUUGUGAAAAGUUAGUGGAUAUUACACAGAAAUAUUUAUAUUCUUUUCUGACUCUUUAAAAGUAUAUAUGGGAGUAGAAUAAAAGUCUAAACAGAAUAUGAAAACAUAAAUUACGCAUACAUAUAAAAAUAUAUCUGCAUAAGAUUUUUACCUAAGACAUGAUUAUCUUUGUAUAAAUGCAUAAAUAUAAGACUAUAAACAAAGUAAAAUGUUGAAGAACUCUGUUCUUUCAAUUUUAGAAAACAGGACUUUGUGGAAGACAAAUGUUUGAAGUUAAGUUACUCAGACUUGGCUAAUUUCACACAGAGGUAGCACCAACAAAUUGUGAUUAAAUGGAAACCACUCUUUUAGAUAAAUAUACUUCCCAAUAGUAAAAACAUACAUUAGGCUUUCUGAAUCACAAAAAUUAUGAAACAGAGAGGGGAUGAAAAAUGUGAAAUUAAGAAAAGAAAGUUGUAUCUUUGGGAUUUCUUUUUUAUAUAGCUACACUUAGUCUAGGUACAUCUUCUGUAGGCAUGCAUUUUGUGGCAUCCAGUUGGUUAUAUUCCUCUAUGAGUGUUGAUAAAGAUGACAUGGCUUCUGUGAAACAGCUUUCCUCCAUCCCUUCAAUUUGUAGAUAGUGAUGAAGAUGAGCCUAUAAAUAAAAAAACUGAAUAAUGACUAAUUUUCAGGAAACUGAAUACAGACAAUUAUCCUGUAAAUAUUCUUACUAAAAUGAUAGUUCAGUGACUUUCAGGGGAGGAGACAAGAUGGUGGAGUAGAAAGACUCACCUCCUCUCAUGAAAGCACCAAAAUCACAACUCCUGAACAAUCAUCAACAAAAAAGACCAGAACCUACCAAAAUAUAUUCUCCAUCCAAAGACAAAGAAGCCGCCACAAUGAGAUGACAGGAGGGGCACUUUCAUGAGGUAAUCAAAUUCCAUACCUGCCAGGUGGGCAACCCACAAACUGGAAAAUAAUGUUAUUGCAGUGGGUUCUGUGGGAGGGUGUUCCAUUGGAAGGAGGAGUUUUCAAAUGGGGGCAUUUGGCUUUGAAGGCCAGCGAGGCUUGAGUGCAAGAGCUCCACAGUCUGGGGGAAAUACAGACUUCACUCUUGGAGGGCACAUACAAGGUUUCACGAGCACAGGGACCCAAGGCAAAGCAGUAAUCCAUAGAAGCCUGGGCCAGACCUACCUGUCUUAGAAGGUCUCCUGGGGAGACAGGGUUGGUUAUUGCUCACCGUGGGGGAAAGGACACUGGUGGCAGAGACCCUAGGGAAUAUUCAUCAGCAUGAGCUCUCCAGGAGGUCACCAUUUUGGCACAAGACCUGGCUCACCCAACAGCCUGCAGGUUCCAGUGCUGGGAUGCCUCAGGCCAAACAACCAAUAGGGUGGGAACACAGCCCUACCCAUCAGCAGAGAGGUUGCCUAAAGUCCUUCUGAGCCCAAAGUCACCUCUAACCAUACCCCUUAAUACAGCCCUGCCCACCACAGAAACAAGACCCAGCUCUAUUCACCAGUGGGCAUAUAUGACAGACCCACAACUAAUAUCAUGCUUGGAGG